AUGCGAUUUAUGUUUUUAAUGAAGGUCUCCGAAUUCUCGAUCGCUGGCGGGGACAAAUGUUUCCCAUUGGACAUUGAGUGGACGCCGACGAGUGAACAGGAUUUGGCCGUCUGCUUCAACAAUGCGAUUUAUGUUUUUAAUGAAGAGCUUCACAAACUGAAUGGUGAAUCCAGAGUGCCCAACGGAGAUCACGAGAACUCGAAAGAGGCUCGACUCACGAUCAGAAGAGGCAUGUCUGCAAGAUGGGGCGCCGGUUUGCCGCCGCCGAUCAUCUGUGGCUGGGAUGAGAGCGGGAGGAAAUUCACGUACAUCUACCGGAAAAGCCGCUUCACCUGGGACACACAAGAGAACAGGGUUACGAGGAGGAAUAUGGAUGACAAAAUCACGCCCACUUUCUCGACGGUCGAGCGUUUAAAUGGGCAAAAUGGGAAACGUUGGAUCGUCGGGGAAACAGAAAAUGGAUACGAGGUUUGGUCUUUCUCCCAUCAUAAACUCCAUCGCGAAUACGAGGCUUUAAUCUCGCUUCCCGACACACCGUUUCCGAUCAAAUUCAAAUCUUUAAUGAAUCCGAUUCGAGACAUUCAAUACGUUGAGCCGAGUCCUCGACCGGAUGGAUGGAAAGGAGGGAUUUGUAUCGCGAUAAACAAUCAAAUGGGUCAACAGAGUCAGCUCUUCGUUUGGCUUAAAGAUCGACCAAUUCGACCGUUGGAUUUGAAAGGCGAAGAGUCGGCAAUUCGCUGUCUCCGUUUCAAGCGUCAACCGCACUAUCUGGCCGCGUUGACCGAUCGCUAUUUAGACGUUUAUAAAGUCGAUGGGGAACAGUUGAAAAUCACUUAUCGUUACGAUCUUCUCAAAAUUUCCCCAUUUUCGGGUAAAGUGCAAUGGAAUGAUGACGGGCAAAAGAUCGUUCUCCAUCAAAAAAAUCCAAGAACAGGGAUGAUUGGGAUCACCGCUCUGAUUCGCACAAAAAUCGACGCACCAGCGCCAGCAGUGGUGGUGGAAAAACUC